UUCGCAAAGGGGGUGGAAGGGAAAGUUAAGGAAAAUAUGGUGAGAGGAAGAGAAAUAUCGAAGGGAGAUGAGGAAAUGGGUGUAAACUGAAAGAGGAGAACCGAGUGGGAGAAUAGGAGGAAGAGAAGAAUAAACAGAGAGAGAAAGUAACACAGACCACAAACUUGAUCAUUUUUUUGUCCCUUGCUAAAAAGAAAAUGAAAAGAGUGACAGAGACAGACUCAAGUUAUUAUUGCGGUGCUAAUGGACUUGUCUUCUCUUUUGUGUGACAGAGAUUUGCAGAGAAAAGUUUGCGCGUUUUCUUCUUUCCAGGAGAAUAAAAAAAAAGAAGUGAAAGAGGAAAAAGGAGUUGAAACACUAAUUUUUAAACUUCCAAAAACAUAUUAGCUAUUUUAUUUCACAUUGUAAGAGGUGAACUGCCCAAGGAAAUGAGGUAGUUCAAGAAAAAAAAAUUGUUUGCAUUUUAUAAUCACAUCUAGAAAACAGAAAACUUAAAUUUGAAGAAAAAAAAAUCCUCUUAAAUUUUGGAGUGAUAAAAAAAGAAAAACAACUAUAAAAUUUGAACACGAAGAGUUACAAGAGGAAAAAAAAAAAUAGAAAGAAAUAGAAACCUGACACUCCAGUAUAUCCAACGAACAAUAUUUUCCUACGACGCAAAAAGAAGAACUGCCAAGAAAUCACAGGAAAAGAAAAACACCACGAGGAUACGAAGAUAAGCAAACCCACACCCAACAACCUUAACAUAUUUUUCUGCACGCGAGUCACCACCACAACCGCCACCACGUCUACCACAACCAUCAUCACGUCCACCACCACCAGCCCCUCCGCCGCCACGCCCGCCCCCACCAUGCACAAGAAGCGUGGGUGGCGGGCGUUCCUUACCAAGCUGCCCGUGCUGGCGCUGCGGCUCGCCAAGGUGCCACGGGUCCACCCCACGCUGCGGGUGCCCAGGCUGCCCGCGGGGUUCGUCCAUCUGAUAAAACCCGGAGUCAAGUAUGAGAAGCUGUAUGACCGCAUCCACAGCGCCUCGGUAUCUCCAGGGCGCGGGGGCGUGGCUCAGGACGCGGUGGAGAUCGCCAGGGACGUGGUGGAUCUCAUGAGGGACUACGAUGACGCCAUGAUUCCAGAGGUGGAUGAAUUGCGAGACCUCCUGAGUGAGCCGCAUAUUCGGAGCGAGACGCAUACAGACAAGGUAUUCAACAAGGAAGGAAGUGCAGGUGGUGUUUACCCAUCCCAUGCGCCAUGCUGCUGAGACACCCCUUCCUAUAACGACAUGCAAAACCCGGUGGUGCUUAAGCCUUGUAAUAAUCCCGAGGAGGCGGCACACGGCUUCUUACUACCCCUCACUUGUGCCGUGGAGACGCUUCCUUAAUUCCACAACACGUAGAUGCUCCUUAAUAUUACUCCCGAUGGCUCCUCGUCUAUUCAUUUUGAUCUGGAAAUAAUUAAAUCCGGAAGUCCAGGAAGCCGUGCCCUCCACUCCUUAGGGAACGAGCUGCUGGAAACUGGUAACUGGAAGCGUGUCCAGGAAUAGUUUUUCUUCAUGAUAUUUGGAUCCGUGCCUCCAAUCCUUUUCACUAAGGUAUGCAACAACUUACAACAUUAAAAGAGCUGUACAAAACACUUUAAGACACCUAUAUGGAAAAAAUAUGAUUAAAAGAGUAGAUUUUCCUAUUUCUAGUCAUCAUAACGUUCUAAGGAGGCCUUGGAACAAAAGUGUUUCCGAGUGGAAUGUGAGUCAAGAACAGUGCGUCGAAUGGCAAUGGAAGAGUUAAUCGAGCGACAGAAGUGUGGAUUCUCGUGAUACCUUGUGCGAAGCUUGCAUUUCACACCUGCAUAGUAGCCAGGUGUUCCUUAUUUGUUAUUAUGAAGCUCUUAAGUCACCUGGAGGGAAAAGAAAAUGAUCGAUACUUAUAUUCCAUCACUAAUCGAUCGACAGAUAUAAAAAUAUGUAAUUUAUCUAGACCCAUUUAGUGCAAGGAUGUUAUUUGGUGUGGUAUGUAUUAUAUUGAAUUGAGUUUAUAUAUGUUGAAUUAUGUUUCGGAGCAUUACGUUGUAAAGUUUUAAUUGAUGUUCUAACUUGUAAAAAAAAAAAAAAGUUGAAUAUUUGUGUACCAUACUUGAAGCAGUGAUCAAUAAACUCUUGCUUACUUGCCAUGGAGAGACUGAGAACUAUGUGUCAACUUAUUCUACACCCAGCCAGUCUGUUCCAUAUUAAUCACCACGAGCUUCUUAUACGCUGCCUGAUGGGAAAAAUUGGCUCGGAAUACUUGAAGACUUGCCAGGCAGCAUUUUCUUCCCCUCCACGUCAUGGUCCGGCCCGCAGUCCACGUCCCUUAUCGGCUCGGGACUCACGCCGCCGCCGCCGCUGCAUCUUUCCCUCCCCUCCUUGAAAAUUAAUGAACCCUCUGCCACUGGAGCCGAUCCGGUACGAAGCAGUACGAGUAUAACACCAGACGCGCCGCACAGACUCGCGAGCCCUGCUUGACUUGUGUGUUGUGGGAGGAAUGAUUCAGGUUGUGUUGCGAGGUUCAGCUUAUUGUUUACUGUUUUGACUGUUUAAUAAUUGUGUGAAGGAAUAACUGUUUUUGUUUCGAGUUUCAGUGUCUUGUUUUGAUCUAUCUGAUAUUUUUAUAUGGAGAAUUUUAGUUUGCGUAAGGAAAUCUCACGGAUUCAGUUUAUUGUUUUAAUCUACUCUAAUAAAUGUAAAAAAAGUAAUAAUUGGUUUUCUUGUUACGAGUGUCAGUGCGUUCAAUUGAUUGGUCUAAUAAUCUUCGUAUAAAUGAGUUUUGGUUAAGAAAUUCAAUACAUUUUUAUUUAUGUACUGUCUAAUAACUGUAAAGGAGAUGAAUUUUAUUAGUAUUACGAGUCUUAAUACAUUGUCUUGGUCAAGUGUCUAAUAACUAAAAACGAUAAUUCGGUAUUUGUUACGAGGUAUAGUGCCAAUACAUUCUUUUUGUGUACUGUCAAAUAAAUGUGCAGGAAAAUGCUUUUCUUUGUAUUACGAGAUUCAAUACAUUGUCUCGAUAUUUGUGAAAAGAAUAGUGCAGUUUGUGUUACGAGGUAUAUUGUUUCUAACCGACUGUUCAGGUAUACUUUCAAGAAAACUGUAGGCCAUGUGUGUGUGCAUGCGUGUGUGCGGGAGGUGAGGGGAUAUGGGAGCAGCAAGAGUGUGCAUGUGUGCGUAUGUUGGUGAGUGGGUGAAGGUAUGGGGAGGAGACCGAAUCAGCAUCACGGGUGGGUUGUUGCGGUGCUCAGAUUCCACACACGUAAACAGAACCAUGCAGGGGACAUAGAGGAGAGUCGUUUGGGUUUUGCAGAGAUACAAGUAGUAUUUUCCUGCAAGCCUUCAGAUUGGAUGGCCGCCCCUGAAAUUUACCUGUCUUGGCACGGAGGGCGACUGGAAAUUGCAAGGCCUAAUGAGCUUUGUGUGUGUGUGUGUGUGUGUGUGUGUGUGUGUGUGUGUGUGUGUGUGUGUGUGUGUGUGUGUGUGUGUCCUUA